UUCGGCCCGGUCGGCGGCCACUCCUGGGCAAGCUCCCUGACAUCUAGCGACGACGACGAAAAGUUUGAGCUGAUCGCCGAUGACCUGACUCCCGUCACAGUCUUCCGCUGCGACCCGUCAAUAGAGGAGUCCGCCUGCCCUGCCCGCCCCGCUGCCGACCUGGCUCAGUGGCUGGCGCCGUACUCCCGUCCACCGACCACUGCGGACGCCUGCCGCGGACAGGGGCAGACGGGCCGGGCCGGCGGACUGAGACUGGACCCCGUGGUACCGCACCCGCUGAGCGACUCCCAUCGGGCCUGGCUGCUGCGGCCCGGUACCGCCGGAGGGGAGAGCGCUGUGCCGUCGCCGAUGGUCCAGUGGCAGGCGGCCAUGGCCUCGGACUCCCUCUUCAGACCCGGUUCAACCACUCCUUCCACCAGCGCUCCAGCAGCCGCUGUGACCUCAGAGAACCGCGGCUGGCUGCUGCGGCCGGCGGCCGAUGGGGUCGGACAGUCACCCCCGCCGGCUGACGCUCUCUCCCAGUGUACCGAGCGGGCCGCUCGGCUGAGCUUGGAGGAGACCCGCUCGCCGUGGCUGGCGCAGACCACCCGACUGUCUCUGGAGGAGACCCGCUCGCCGUGGUUGCUCGGCGGUGGCGCGCGCAGCCCCGGCGGGCCAUUCCCAGCAAUGGAGGAGGAGGAAGGUGUGAUGGAGCCGGGCGCGGUACCCGACCUUCUGGCGCCCUUCAAACAGAUGGAGAACAACACCGCCUGGGUGGCCGCCAGAGGCUGAUAGUACCGGUAGACGGAGACGGGCUGUGGCGGAAUAGGGACGACGGCUGACUGCCAAAAGCUGACAGACGGAUGGGUAGCUGACUGCAGAGGGCUGAAUGCUGAUAAACUUGGAACACUGAGUAUGGCUGAACGCUGAUGGCUGACGAUUUGGAUUGAGAAGUGAACGACUGACGAGUGACGACUGAAUGGACGGCUGAGUGCUGGGUGCUGAGGGGCCUGACAGAGUCUGAAUGCUGAUACCUGAGUGUUGUGGUGGAUGACAGCCGGCAGGGGUGGCGUGCUUUGAUUGAAGGUCUCUAGCCGAGUGAGAGUUGAGACCGUGUCUAGUGGAAACCUGAACUUCAGUGAAUUGGAAGCAAAACUGUGAGUGAAGGAAUCCUAUGCAGGAUAGAUGCUGACGGGAGUGGAACUCCGAAGCUUAGCUGAGAGUUGAGUCCGUGUGAAGAGGGGUGUCCAGAGUGAAAGGAAUGAGUUGCGGAGGGUUGAGUUCCAGUGGAGUUGGAAUUGACAACGCACAGCAGGAGUACCGGAACGAGAGGUAUGCACUACGCUUUAUUAGCUUCUAGCUAGAGAUCUUCUCAGAGCCUCGCAUGCUAGCAACUGCUCUAGCUUCUUUCUGUCGCUUUAAUUGCAAACAGGCUGAGCCAGAUCCAUUAUCUCCGUAGGCAAUAAUUUCGUUUGCGAAUGAAUAUGAUAUGCAUUACACUGACAAGCACGAGCAAUUACCGGGCGAGAUAAGACGUUGAACACUUUUUUAUUCAUUUUUUUUUAACCGAGUAUUGCCUACCCAAAUGUCUUCAGAAGCUGCAGCGAUAACACAUGCCAUCCGUGGUAGGUAACUAACUACUCUAGUCUUUUUCAUGUUAUAUGGUGACUGCUCAUGCACCCGUACAUAAAUCAAAUAGGAUGCUGCACAGCUAGUCAGAUUUACCUUCAUUAUAUUUGCCGGCACCCAGCAAAUAAUCCUCCGUAGAGGACCCUCGAUCCAUCCCUGAACACUUGGAACAGUCGUCAGCAAUUGCGGCACUAUCGGGACGUACCUGCCUACCGUAUAGGUAUUUUAUGUAAUUACGUGAUGUUUGCAGUGGGUUUAUGUGUUGGAGUGGCCGUAAGUGCAGUUUGGAAUCUUGCCGAUUGGCGAAGCUGGUCCAUGAUAACGUGAGAGUGUACGCGCGACAAUGUUAUCCAGUUAGACAGGAAAUGUACCGAUCGCUCCUGUUUAGUGAAUGUUCGCUCGUGCGCUAACGAUAGCUGUUUGAAUGGAUAUUUCUGUGAUUACUGUGAAAUCUGACGGAAGAGCGAAUCUGUGCAGUGAGAAAACUGACCCGAAGGUAUGACUGUUGAGACGAUGGGAUGUGUGUGUGUGUGUCGAUCCGCUGUAUUUCAAUGCGUGCCUGGUAUGAUGCUGACUACUGUCUUCUUACCACGUCAAUCUCCAUACGCCAACUCUGACUUCCCUACUGAACCCCACUGUCCGACUGUAUGGAAUGAGGACGCUGGGGACGUGUAUCGCCCUGUGACGUCAUGUGUGGUCUACUGAUGGCGUCAUUGAGGCGUAGGCGGCGGCAUGGGGCGCGUCUCAGUCCUCAGCGUAGGCUAGUCGUGCCUACUGUGAUACCGCUCGGUCCACUGCUGCUGGGCUGAACCCGCGUCAGUGGGGUGCAGGCGAUGAUGUAUAUUGGUGUGGAGGCCAUACUGUAUAUUGGUGUGGAGGCGAUACUGUAUACUUGUGUGACGUUUAUUUGAUAUCGGUGGAGGUUUAGGGUAUUUUUACUGUGAGAGGGGAGGUGCGCAGGUAAUGUUUUAGAGAGGUAGUGAGUGGGAUUUUCUCAGGAUAUGAUUGAAACGUAACCGUACCACAUAUUUUAUCGCUGGUGCUACAUUUAAUAUUGCAUUAGCAUUGCAAUAACACAGACUCGAGCUUUGAUGUUAUGUUAUCGUUUAAAAGCGAGACACGCAGUUACUUUAUUAGUUUUCCUUGGUGACGGCUAAGUAUGAAAUAUAGCGGAGUGCCGACAUUCUUAGCUUUCUGAAUUAUGUUAAACAAGCUAAGUAGCAUACGAUUAUGAAACUGUAUAUGAUUUCAAUGGAAAUACAUUGUUGAAAUGUC